AUGGACGAGAUAGUAGGCCAUACAUAUUUGUAUCUGAAAGAGCAGCUUGAAAUUUCGACCAUGCCGCCUCCAUCUGGGAUACUUCAUGGAACCAUAAUCGGUAAUACACACAAGGCAAUCUCAGGAUUCCUUUUAGUUUUGCGUGGUGGUGAAGGCGGCAGCUUACCACCAAAGCUCUGCAAUGCGGUGCUGCUGGUUCUCUGCAGCCUAAUGAGAAAUGAUAGCAGAAGCACCACAUUAUUUUCUGCUGAUUGUCCUUUUGGAAAGCUUCCAGAUCAUCUACUAGUAGAAAUAUUUUUCCGGGUUCCCAUCUUAGACUGGGUUCAAAUAUCUUGUGUUAAGAAACAAUGGGCUACACUGUUUCGGGAAGAAUUCUUCUGGCAUGCUGCCCUUGUCAGGAGUUUUCCUUCGGCUGGGCAAGCCAAAAGGUGGCCUGGACCUAUUCCUCGAGGAAUGAGCAAAAGGUAG